CACUGUUAGAAAAAAAAACUUGGAAAGGCUAAUCUUUGGCCCAAGCACUAGAAUCCAACGUCUGAUAGGAACAGAUCAUUAUCAACAUUAUUACCGCAGCAAUAUUACCACUAUUACCGCAUUAGCAACUUACUAAUAGCGGAUCGAUACCUGUCUCAGGAGUGGAAAGUCAUACUAAUAACUGUCGGUGGCGGACGGGUUGAAUCUCUGGAUAGAAAAUCCAUGAAGUUGUUAGUUCAUAGUUGAGUGAGUCUUAUCGAUAUCCGCCCUCACAAGUCACAACUCGAAAACCACUUAUCCUCUCACAAUGUUGAUAAGCCAAACAACUCUGUGAUAUGAACCUUCCUCUCACUUCGGCACUUCGACAACUCCAGCAACUUUCUUCCGUUUCACAUCACAAAGAUUUACUUUCCCCAUAGACGACUCAACUUAAUACACAAACACAAAACAUUUUUUUUUCAACAACAAUCGUAAGUAAUAAGUAGUCAACCCGUCACAUAGUCAUUAGUAGUCAUCGUCGUCGUCAGAGAGAAAGAGAGGAAAUGACGGCUCCAGAGAGAUAAGGAAAGAUUAAGCAAACAUAACCAAUCAAAUCAAUCAAGCCAAGGCUUGCUUUCCACUUCUCAUACUUUGCUUUUAGAAAUUACUGAAUGUACUAGUGACGAGCAUUUACUAGAUAGGAAAAAUUCAGAAACAACAUUUAGUCAACAGAUAACACACAAAAAUAAAACUCAUCAUAUCAUCAUGACGAAGCUUGUCGAGUCCAUGGACCGGGGUGAUGUCGCUGGGAGUGAUUUGAGCUCAUCUGAAUUUCUUUCGCCACAAAAAGCCGCUCUGGGACCAAACAACAAUGGUCGAGGUGACUCCUCGGGCGUUCCAGAGUAUGACAUUGUGAAAGCGACUCAGUAUGGAAUUUACGCCCGUUGUGAACAAUUACUGAACGAGGGGUUCGAUGUGAACCAAAGGGACGCCGAGAAUAUCACCCUCCUUCACUGGGCAGCGAUCAAUUGUCGGAUGGAAAUCGUCAAGCUGUACAUUCAACGGGGAGCAAUUGUUGAUUCCAUUGGAGGAGAGUUAAAUUCGUCCCCGCUUCACUGGGCGACGAGGCAGGGUCAUCUGAACGUCGUGGUAUAUCUCAUGCUCCACGGGGCCGACCCAACGCUACGGGAUGGAGAAGGUUGUUCUGCUAUUCAUCUCGCAUCACAAUUUGGCUACACGUCCAUUGUAGCUUACCUCCUAGCGAAGGGAAUCAGUCCUGAUAUGCAGGAUAGGAGUGGAAUGACACCCAUCAUGUGGGCGGCAUGUCGCACCCAUUGUGCGGAUCCAGCCAGACUAAUCUUAACUUUUGGUGCUAGCACCUCUAUCCAAGACAGAAUAAAGCAAAAUACUGCGUUACACUGGGCCAUCCAAUCAAAAAAUUCAACCGUAUUUCUUCUCUUAGUUAAUUCUAAUGCUAGCCUAGAUAUUCCAAACGAUACGGGAGAAACAGCUUUUAAUAUGCUCAAGCAGAUGAAGCAAUAUGACUGGAUAUCGAAACGAGCUGUAGAUAAUGUCCUAAAUAAAGCUGAGCGUAAUGGGAAACGUAGUUGGUUCCAUGACUAUCACAAAGAUGAGGAUUUGAAGACCUGGGUUACCAGAUCCUUACCAUUCGUCGUGAUUUACGCCUUAGGAUUGAUAUUUUCUGCUAGUAUUGAAUUAGGGUGGAAGUUACUACUACUUUUCGCUGUAUACUUAACAUUCCGAGGAGUGGGAAAGGUUGUAUGCGACGACAAAUUUAUGUCGAUAUUUCCUAUUAGCGUUUAUCUUGCAACAAAGUUUUGGAUGUAUGUCGUCUGGUUUUUCUAUAUUGCUCCGGAAAUUCCUCUCUACGCAACAGUCGGCUUUGUCAGUUUGUCCACCCUUUUGUGGUAUAAUUUUUUAAGAGCCUGGCGAGGAGAUCCUGGAGUAAUCAAAAUGUCUGCAGAAGAGCGUCAUAAGACCAUUAUUUCCUUGGCCGAGGAAGAUGGAUUUGAUCCUAAACAUUUUUGCACUACUUGUCUCGUUCGCAAGCCUCUGCGGUCCAAACACUGUUCAAUUUGCAAUAGAUGCGUUGCUCGGUUUGAUCAUCAUUGUCCAUGGCUUUCUAAUUGUGUGGGUUGGAAGAAUCACAAAUAUUUUAUCGGCUACCUACUUUCUCUCGUGAUUAUGUGCAUUGCUUGCGUCGUUGGUUCCUUUAUGUUGUGGAAUAAAGUUCUCGGUGUGGACUGGACAUUCAUUGACGUAAUGAGGUAUCAACCUUGGGUCAACUUUAUGAUGGCACAAGCAGUGGUGCACGGAGGGUGGGUUCUAGUCCUCUUAAUUUGUCAAUUGUAUCAGAUCCUGUGGCUCGGUCUGACAACAAAUGAAAGGCUCAAUUGGACUCGCUAUUCAUAUUUUGGAGCAGGAAAAGGGAAUCGAAAUCAUGGCCACAAUCCUAAACUCUUUCAUCGAGGAGUUGUACAAAAUUUUGCAGAUUUCUUUGAGAUUGGCUUCAUGCAUCCAAAGAGAAUAGAUUGGAUGAGAGCCUGGGUGCCACAACAAAUGGAUGAAGAUGAACAAUACUCAGACCGAGAACCAUUUUUAAGAGAUCAUAGAGAUAAUUACCAGUAUGUUUAGAGAAUUUUGUCCUUGAUACUACUACUACCACUGCUACUACUACUUCUUGUACAGCAACUACUGUAUGCAGAUAUUUUCUAGUCCAAUUUUGACACAAGAGAUUUUAUAACUUCCUAUAUUCCUUUAUUUUUUUAGUCGUUUAAGAAUAAGUUUAAUAUUACGUCGCCUUGUAAUUUGACUUUGAACAAACUUGAUUUAUAAUUUUCAUUUCACGGUUUGUAAUAAGUGUCUUAUGUUCUCUGUACGCCGAAUGAUUAUUCCUCAAUCACUGCUGCUGCACUUAUACUAUGUAACCAACACUAAUCACAAAUGAGUACGUGAGAUUAAAUGUUUACACCUUUGCCAUUA